AGCUUGACCAUUUUAAUUAAAAAUGUGAGAUAUUUUAGUUGGAAUGACGUAGAAAGUGGGAGAAAAGACGAAAAUAUAUCAUCUUCUACAAGCCAAACCGUCACUUCUUUCUCCCAAGUUUCAAUAUCCAACUUUUCUUUUAAUUCCCUUCAUAUCUUUCCUCUAUUGUUGAACCAUUCAAGCUUUAAAUCUUUCUUUCUUUUUUGAAAUUUCUUUAGUAAAAUCAAAGAGAAGGCUAGUGAACAACUUUAUUUCAUAAGAAAAUUUUCAUAGAUGGGUUAAAAUAGAGAAAAUCAUGAGUUAAGGUUUUAAGUGUUCAAAGAGCUAAGAGAAAGAAAAGAGAGGACCUAAUUGAAGGAAAAAGGGAAAGAGAAGGCUAAGGAGUGAAGGAAGAAGAAAAAAUAUCAUCUCAACCUUUUUGUUUGCUUACUAAGUCUUCACUGGCUUAACGCGUAGGAACAGUUAGACUCGAAGAGGUAGAGUCGGAUUAGGAGAUCUCUUAUCUCAUCAUAUCCUCAAGAGCUUCAAGAGUAGGUACAAUUGGACCGGGUACAAGGGUGUUACCCAAUCCAAACAAAGACUACUCUCGCUAAAGAAAAUAAAUAGAACGGUGGUUAAGCGUCAGCAAGCUAUGGAAAGUCAACAUUGUUUCAUAGGAAAGUGAGCAGAGCAAGAGAUGAGCGAGACAACUGAAAAGCUUCACUUCGUUAUGGUGCAUGGAUUCGGUCAUGGAGCCUGGUGCUGGUAUAAAAUCAGGAGUCUACUGGAAGCAUCAGACUACAAGGUCAGCUGUAUUGACCUUAAAGGUUCGGGUAUGGAUCCAUCGGAUCCCAACUCCAUCUUCAGUUUCCAAGACUAUAACAAACCCCUGAUUGACCUCCUCUCCAACUUACCUCACAACGAAAAGGUGAUACUGGUCGGACACAGUGCUGGAGGUAUGAGCUUAACCUAUGCCAUACACAGGUUUUCUCAGAAAAUUCGUAUGGCCAUUUAUGUCGCCGCUACUAUGCUCAAGCAUGGGUUCGUCACCCCUCAAGAUUAUGAACAUGGAGAUCCAGAUUUAUCCAUCUAUGGUGAUGUAUGUAAGAUGACAUACGGUUUAGGAGCUGACCAGCCCCCAACCAGCAUGAUAAUCAAGGAGGAGUUUCAACGCAAAAUUCUAUAUCAUUUAAGCCCCAUAGAGGACUCCACAUUGGCGGCGAUGCUGGUGCGAGCAGGUCCAUUGAGAGCAUUAGUAGGUGUUCAGUUUAGAGAGGGAGGUGACGCAGACAGCGUGCCAAGAGUGUUUAUAAAGACAUUGCAGGACCGAGUGUUAAAGCAAGAGCAACAGGAAGCGAUGCUGAAAAAGUGGCCCCCUGCUCUAGUGUUUGCUUUGGAAAGUGAUCACUGCCCAUUUUUCUCCAUGCCUACUCUUCUCUUUGCCUUUCUACUCAAAGCGGUGGCUUCCAUCAAAGCUGCAACUUAAUCUAUACUCAUCAUCCCAUCCCUUAUUUUAAAAUCACUUUUCUUUUCAAAUAAGUCUCAGAUGAUGAAGGUCUUUAUUAUUAUAUAUGUAGCAGCCCAUUUUUCUCCAUGCCUACUCUUUUCUUUGCCUUUCUACUCAAAGCGUUGGCUUCCAUCAAAGCUGCAACUUAAUCUAUACUCAUCAUCCCAUCCCUUAUUUUUAAAAUCACUUUUCUUUUCAAAUAA